AUGGAAGACACCGAAUACAAACUGAGAGGCGUACUGGCCGGGCAUAGCAAAGGAGUAAGGUGCAUGUGUAUCAUUAAUAACACCCAGUUGGACGAAUUGGAAAAAUGCCAACUAACUUUUGACUAUAUAAUUAGUGCCGACAUGACAGGAACUAUUAUGGUGUGGAAAAAGAAGACUGGUGAGGAGAUCCUUACAGAUGAAAUUCUCCCCCCGGAUGAAAGCCCAUACAACGAUGUAGAAACGUUUCCAUCCCAUCUGAGUGAUAAUUACCAACUUUACAGGAAAAUAGAAAUACACGAAAGGUUCGUCUACGCAUUGACACACAGUAAGUACGUAGGCAUAAGUGAGUUAAAAAAGUGCACACAUAACGUGGAGGACCACUUAUAUGUGUACAGCGGAGGGAGUGACAAAGGUGUCUACCUCUUCAACCUGAACGGCUACAUAGAAUUAAUGCUACAAGGACAUAAAAACAGUGUCUCAAGUAUUGUUGAAUAUAGUGAGAAUAUUUUACUAAGUGCAGACUGGAACGGUGAAGUCAUCAUGUGGCAGAUCGUCAAAAUUGGUGACGAAUUUGUGAAAGGUAAACAUUUGGAAAAUUCCAUCCCCAGCAGUGAAAAUGCUAAUAAAGAAAAAAACACCCUCUGUGGAAAUAAAUACACAUACAGCAUAGUCAAAAUAUUAAAUAAUCAUAAAUACGCUACGUACGUUAAUUGUCUGAACGAAUUUAUUCUCACCAUUUCACAAAAUAAUAUAAUCAACGUGUGGAAUAGCCAAGGAGAAAAAACAGACGAAGUUAAAAAUAUACACAGUGAUAGUGUCCGCGACAUAGUACUAUUUAAUGGCAACAAAAAUGCCAUCACCUUUUCUAAUGAUGAAACCAUUAAUAUAUAUGAUUCCAAUUUUAAUUUGCUAAAAAUGUACAAAGGCCACCAAGGCUUUAUCUUCUGCGUGUGUGUAAAUGAAAAGGAACAAAUUAUGUACAGCUGCGGUGAUGAUAAGAGUAUCAAAGUGUGGUGCAUAAAAGACAUUUACGAAUUAAUGAAAAAGUACGACACAGAAGGAGGAGCCAUCUUAAAUAAACUUCCACUAAUGACUCAGGGGAGGGAUAACUCCUGCUUACAAACUAUUUACCUAACAGACACCCUGUGGAGUGUAAAAGUGCUUAGCAAUGGGGACCUCGCCUGCGCCUGUAAUGAUAGCUACAUUAGGGUCUAUACUAAAAAGAGGAACCACAUGUUGACGGAAGAAGCAGCGAAGGAGGUACUUGAACUGUGCAAUAAACGAAACAAGAAGGAAAACCCCAAUGGAGAAAAUUCAAAUUCUACCGGAGGGGAAAAUGAUCCAAAAAAUAUAAUCAGUGUGGAAAAUAUAAAAAGUGUCGUAGGAAAGGAAGGAGAAGUUAAAAUUUUCAAAAAUAAAAAAAAAUAUGAAGCGUACAAAUAUGAGAACAACGAGUGGGUACUCAUAGGCGAAGUAGUAGACGACAGUACAUCACAGAAAAAGUUUUACAUCGGAGAUAAUCUGUUUCAACAGGGUUAUUACGAUGAAAUAAUUUCCAUUGACACGGGCUACGGAAACAUAAAGCUCCUUCCCUACAAUGCAAGUGAUAAUGUGCACGUUAUAGCGGAAAUGUUUUGCAAAAGAGAAGGUCUCUCCGCUAGUCAGAUAAAACCUAUCGUCGAUUUUAUUAACCAGAAUUAUGCAUCCAAAGGAGGGACAUCUACCUCUUCUAUAAACACCACAAACAGUUCUUUUGGUACUCAUAAUGGUAGUACCCCUUAUGGUGCAAAAAAAUUCAAUACCGUUUUGAACGUUUUCACAGUGGAAAAAUCUGCCCUAGAUAAAAUUUUUCAAAAAAUACAAGAAUUUAAUUCUCUCCAAGCAAGCGAAGAAGAGCAGAAAUGUAAACUAUCAAAUGAACAGAUUAAUUCUCUAUCAAACAUUAUUAACCUGUACAAGAAGAAUAUAAAAAAUCUAUACAAUUUCAACACAGGAGAUAUUAACCUUAUUAUGAAACUAUUCAAUUGGUCCCCUAGUUAUAUAUUCCCCGUUAUUGAUCUCCUUAGAGUUCUCGUUUUAAAUAAAAAUUGUGAUUUUUUAUAUAAUAAUAAGUACGCCUUCAAUGCCUUUAAGUUGGUGUACGAUUGUGUUGCUUAUUAUAUAUCCAAUUGGUCAAUGUUGAAAGAAAAUGAGGAGAACAAACUGGAUUCCUUACUUCUCUGUUGCCUUCGCUUUUAUUUAAAUAUGUUUAACUUAUCCACCCCAAGAUUUUACAUGUACAAAAAGUUUAAUUUUGUCGCCAAGCAAUUAGCAGAGGUGAAGUCCACCAAUUUUAACAUUAACACAUUGUGUCUGAAAAUAUUUUUCAAUUAUGUAAUAACGCUGAACGAAAAUAAUGAUCAGGCGAUGAGGAAAUCAGUGUUCGAAGUUUUGCACUCAAUUGAACACAAGAUAAAUGACAUCGAACUCCUCUACACCUUUUCCCUUUGUUUCCAUACAUCCCACGAAAUGAAUACCAAGGAGACUAACGAAAUUGUGAAAAAGUAUGGCUCCCUUGAUUUUAUGAAAAACAAAUUGGAUUCUCUCCUCCCGCACAAGAAUGAGCAGAAUGAGAAGGUGUUCAAAAAUGUGGGCUCCAUUUUGGAGGACCUUUCGGCGUAG